AUGCGCGAUGAUGUACGCCCGAUAGCAUUAAAAUGCAGACAUGUAGCUCUUGCACUAAAGCCAUUAGUAGAAAAAGAAAUAGAAAAACUCAUUAGUUUAAAGCACUUGAAGCCGGUACAAAUUUCCGAGUGGGCUACACCUAUCGUUCCGGUACUAAAAGGAAACGGCGAAAUUCGUAUAUGUGGCGACUUUAAGCUAACAUUAAAUCCGAACAUAAUAAUAGACAAGUACCCACUCCACUCAAUUGACGAUAUUUUUGCUAAGCUUCAAGGCGGUGUACAUUUUUCGGAGCUUGAUCUCAAGCAUUCGUACAUGCAAUUUCCAGUGGACGAGGAAUCAUCGAACUUACUAACGAUCGUCACACAUAAAGGGCUAUACAAAUACACUAAAAUACCCGAAGGUGUAUCUCCGGCACCGGCCGACGUACAGCGUAAGAUGGACGAGUGCUUAUUAGGUGUGGACGGAGCGAUCGCGUAUCUUGACAAUAUUUAUGUUACCGGCAAGACCGAAGCAGAGCACAAUAAGAAACCUCGAAAUGGUAUGCGAGAAAUUGGCGGAAUGUAA